AUUUUCAAAAAACCAGUAAAAGCGAUCAGAGUCUGCAAGCUUGGUUAGAAGCAUAUACUCGGGUGUUUCUCUGGAUGCUUAUUUGGGAAGAAUAUCCUUUGUCAUUGUACCAUUCAGGAAUUAAGAUUCCUUUAAUCCAAUUUCAAUUCCCUCCCUUUCUCCUUUUCUUACACAACUAUUAAUCUAUCAGCAAACCCAGCUCAUCCCUCGCCCCCUACUAUAUUUGUACUAACCGCCAUCAUGGUACCCUCCUCUUCUCUCUCUAUAAAUCCCUCUCUCUCUCCUCCACUUUUCUCAACCACUUGUUCUUCCUCUGCCUCCGCUUCUUCUUCUGCUUGUUGCUGCUCUUUGUCUAUUUCUUUUAAAGCUUUGAGCUUUUCUUCUGUUAGGGCAAUCCCAAUUACCAUUUCUUGCAAGCAGGAUUCUAAUAGGCUAAAAAGAUUUCAUCUUUUUAAAGCUAAAGCUAAAGCCAACGAUAGCCAUAUGACUAUUACGGAGGUUAGAGAAGAGGAGGGGGAGAAUUCUCCUCUUUUGCUUGAUUCUGAGACCAAUUCUAGGCCUCGCCGCAUUGCUCUUUUUGUUGAGCCUUCUCCAUUUGCAUAUGUGUCAGGAUAUAAAAAUCGGUUCCAGAAUUUUAUCAAAUAUUUACGUGAAAUGGGUGAUGAGGUGAUGGUUGUAACAACACAUGAAGGAGUACCUCAGGAGUUUUAUGGAGCAAAAUUGAUUGGAUCACGGAGCUUCCCCUGUCCCUGGUACCAAAAGGUGCCUCUUUCUUUGGCACUGAGUCCAAGAAUAAUUUCAGAAGUUGCACGGUUUAAGCCUGACAUAAUACAUGCAUCAUCACCUGGGAUAAUGGUUUUUGGCGCUCUCAUUAUUGCAAAACUGUUGUGUGUCCCUAUAGUGAUGUCUUAUCACACUCAUGUCCCUGUAUACAUCCCAAGGUAUACUUUUAGCUGGCUGGUUAAACCCAUGUGGUUGAUUAUAAAAUUUCUUCACCGAGCAGCUGAUCUUACACUGGUGCCAUCAGCUGCUAUUGGGAGGGAUCUCCAAGCAGCUAGGGUGACAGCAGCUAAUAAGAUUCGCCUUUGGAAUAAGGGUGUUGACUCUGAAAGCUUCCACCCUCGUUUCCGCUCUAAUGAAAUGCGAUGGAGAUUAUGCAAUGGUGAACCUGAGAAACCAUUAAUAGUCCAUGUUGGACGACUUGGAGUUGAGAAGAGUUUGGAUUUCCUUAAAAGCGUCAUGGAUAGACUUCCAGAUGCAAGAAUUGCCUUUAUUGGAGAUGGCCCAUAUAGGGAGGAACUUGAAAAGAUGUUUUCUGGUAUGCCUACUGUCUUUACUGGGAUGUUAGGAGGAGAAGAGCUCUCUCAGGCAUAUGCCAGCGGGGAUGUUUUUGUGAUGCCUUCAGAAUCUGAGACGCUCGGUCUUGUUGUUUUGGAGGCCAUGUCUUCAGGGAUACCUGUGGUGGCAGCUCGUGCUGGGGGAAUCCCAGAUAUAAUUCCACCAGACCAGGAGGGCAAAACUGGCUUUCUCUUUAGUCCUGGAGAUCUUGAUGACUGCUUGGGAAAAUUAGAGCCAUUGUUGAACAACCGUGAACUCAGAGAAACCAUUGGAAAAGCAGCACGCGAAGAGAUGGAGAAGUAUGAUUGGAGGGCGGCAACUAGAAAAAUACGAAAUGAACAAUACAAUGCUGCGAUAUGGUUCUGGCGCAAGAAGAGAGCACAGCUACUGAGACCUAUUCAAUGGCUAGUAAAGCGUCUUUUCCCAUCUCCAGAAGUUAACUACAGGUGAUGGAUACAUCGCAGAGGUUUGUUCUGCAAAAAGUAUCCCAAUUUAUUGGAAGUUGUGGAUUGGUUUGGCGCCCUUGAAGGUUUGUGGAUGAUUGAUUGUUUCAUUAAUCAUUUGUUGUAUUUUAUGGACCAUAAUUUAUGGUCAGGUUUGCAAUUAAACGAUUUAAAUAGUUUAGCAUGAGAUCUUUCUGGGAAAGCAAACUACAGCAUUAAGAAAUUCUUCUCUUUCUUUCAA